GCGGCAGCAUGUUUACACCACAACGUGUGUCACAGUUAAGUUAGUUUGAUAGUAUUUACUGAUCGUACUCCGUUAAAAUGGGUAAAAAGCGACCGAGUGAAGACUCGGAGGAGUCGAACACACCGGUGAAAAAGCCUAAUGUUGAGUUCAACGGGACAGUUUUUAAAACCAUGUUGAAGGACCCCACUACUGCCAUGAAGGGAUUGUCAACGUUUAUAUCCACCGCAAAGAAGCUUCCGUCACCGGACUUGUACGAUGUCGUUGAGGGAUACAUCAAAAUCUCCAUGGAGUGUGCGGAAAUAUUCAAACUACUGGACCCCGAGAAGAAGCUGGAGCGUGAAAUGAUGCUUGUGUUCGAGAGCCUGGAGAUGAUUCUUCUGCGCACCGCCAGUGACUUGUCUCACUUCAGCAUGGUGGGCAGCGCCAUCGUCAAGAAGACCCUGUCUGGUUACAUGAAGCUUCUCCAGGGGUCUUUUCAUUCUCACAACCACAGGUUUGUCCGCAAGUGCCUCAGUUUUCUCACCGCCAUGGUGUCUCAGGGUCCAGAUGCCGCCAGAGAAGUCUUGAGCAACAUCCACAUUGACCGAGCUUUGGCUGGACUUGCAAAUAAAAAAGAAAAGAAUGUGAGAGCGGAGGUCCGGAUGUCCUUCAUCCAGUUUGUGCUGUCCUUCCUGGUGUCUGGAGACAGUGCCACCAUCGGACAGAUAUUGACCUUCAAAGAAUUCCUGCCGGAGAUCCUGAGUACAGGGCUGAGGGAGGACAGGAUGACCUCAGUGAAUCUGAUACUGUCAACUCUGAAGAGCAGAGUGGUGCUCAACAAAGCUGUCACCAAAACACAGAAGGUUCGCUUUUUCACUCCCGCCGUGCUGGCAAACAUUGCGUCUUUAUACAAGUGGAAUGGGAUUGUUGACGCAGUUACCGGUGAUGACAAUGACUCGGAGAGUGCUGGUGUUUCGGUGGUGAGAGAGCUGACUCACAGUUUCCUUCUGGACCUGUGCUGCUCUCGGAAACAUGGGCUGAGCUUCUAUGAUGCCAGUCUUGGCACCGCCGGCAGACCCGGGAACAUCGUGCUGCUGCAGUUCUUGGUCGGGCUGAAACAGGCGACAGAGGACGACCUGGUGGCUGAACUGGUGGUGAAGACGCUGAAGUCCUGUCCGGAUCUUCUGUCCCGAUACUUUAAGGAGACUCAGUACUCGUACAGCCCGCGCCCCAAAACAGCCUGGCAGGACAAUCUGAAGCUCCUGAAGAAGAUCUAUGAGGCUCAGCCAGAGGUCUCCACUGUCUUCCACAGCGGUGAGGUGGCUCCUCCGUCUCGCCUGCUCUCCAUGAUCAUGGUGCUCUCCUUCCCUCCCGUGUGUGACAAAACCUUCUUCACCCAGGGACUCAACCUCAACAACACGGGGGUGCAGCUCACCACUCUGUCCACGUUAAACUUCAUCUUGAAAAGAGCAGACAAGAACGUGGAGUAUCUGGUGAGCAAGUCCGAGAGUGCUGACUCCGCCUUGUACUCUCGGGACGCAGUGAUGGAGCUGGCGCAGCAGUACAGGGAGAUGCUCAGCAAGGUCUUGCCGGACACGACCAUCAUUGUUGCACUGUGGCAGUCGCUGAGCAAACAGGAGAACGCAGAUGGCGGGAAGAAGACUAAAAGUCAGAAGAGCGACAAGGAGCAUGACUCAACGACGUCGGCGGUGGCAGUGGCCGCUGACUCGGCAGAAAUCAUCCUUCUCAAGACUCUGAUGCUCCAGGUUCUGUGUCUGUACCACCGAGUGGUUCCACACCUGAUCGCCCAGAGCAAGUUCGACUUCAGCAAACUCUUGAAAGGUGUGAUGGCAGAAAAGGGCUCAGUGGAAGAAGUUCCCCCUGUUCUGCAGUUCCACAUGCUCCAGCUGGCUCUGGAGCUUCCUGCAAGCAAGUUCUCCUGGUUUCGUCUGCAGGAGUCUGCAGACACCGACCCCACGUCAGGAGAGAAGUCGGUUCUCUAUCUGCUCCUGAAGAUGUUUGUGAGCAGCACCCGUCGCCACCUCAGGUCCUCCACACGGAUGCUGGUGGCCAAAGUGUUGAAGGACCGUGGCGUGUUCGAGUACACCUGGACUGAGCUGGAGCUCUGGCUGGACCAGUUGAGUCGGGUUGAUCCAAACCAGCAAGAAGAGGUGAUCAAGUUCUUGGAGAGAGUUCUGGUGAAGCUGGCGUGUAACUUGCACACAUACACCGACAAGGUCGCCAGUCUGGUUCAGGACGCUGCAUAUCUGCAGGCCAACCUUGGCACUCAGGACGGAGAGGCGGCCAGCAUUCCCGUCUCUCACAUUGACGACGUGCUGGACAUGCUGGACGUCAUCAUGGAGGGAACCGAGGGGGAGACUGAAGAGUUUGGACCGGCAUUGAGUGAAGAUCUGAUUCUUCAGACUUUUCCCUUCAGUGUUGCCGUUCCUGCUGCCCUGGAGGCCCGAAACACUCUGGCCCCAGACAAAGGAGCUGUGUUGGAGUACGUGUCGGCGGUACUGUCGGACGUGCUGCACUCGCAGAGAGACCCCCUGCCUCUCUGCCUGUGUCUGCUGCAGUACGACAAAGAGCUUCUGUCGCCGGCUGGCUCCUCUUCUCCUCAUCCCUCUGUCCUGCAGCUCCAUCAGUACUACAUCAAGUGGCUUCCUGCGCAGACUCUGGAGGAUCUGAUUGGUGCGCCAUCAAAUGACCUUUCCUGUGGCACCGACUCGACAAGUCAGAGCGGUGCUUCGUUCGGCGCUCUCAUGAGAGCGGCUUACAGUGAGGGACUGAGCUGCCUGCUGGAGGAGAGCUUCAAGAAGAACUUGGAGGACGCUGUGACGUCUCUGGCGCUGGCUGACUUUCCUCUUGCGAUGAAGCAGGUGACCCUCUAUAUCAGGUCGACGGUGGAGAACUUCAGCUCGUUCUCUAAAGACACCGGAGCGAUGGUUCUGAAGACGUUGGUGGAACUCCUUCAAGAGCUGGUUGUCAAGCUGCAGGGGUUCGAAGAGACGACGCAGGCUGAGGCUGACCAGGAAACAUCUGAGCUGUUCGUGGAAACAUCAACAGGUGACGCCGACAAGGAACAGGUUCUGGUCGCAGCUCUGAGCUCUGUCCUCAAACACCCGUGCCUCCAGCAGUGGUAUCUGGCUCUGGAGCUGGCUUCUCUUCCCUCCAGUUCUCUGAACCCAGUCAGAGCAAAGCGUCUCUGCGCCCAGCUGAGUGACAGCAUCACAGCUCUGCUCAAGACCUGUGCCCCAAGUCUGACUGACCACCUGGACCUCCUCUCCCCGUACCUGGGGGCGGUGGAGAACGCUGUGCUGCAGGAACUGACUGUGAAAAGCCCUCAGGCAUUGAGGAAGCCCUCCAGACCGUUCCAGGCCUUGCUGGCCCUGCACCGCUACAUGGACCCCUCAAAGCUGAGAGACGUGGUCUCCAGGCUUCUGCUGCUCCCCCAGCAGAGUCUGGUGUGUGUUGACAGUGAAGCAGGGCAGUUGAGUGUCUACGGCCAGGCUGCCUUACAGAUCCUCACUCAGACUGAGACGUCCCGAGACGACGACCUAUUCCUAUCCCAGGCUCACCUCCACGGUCUUGGGACGCUGCUGCUGACCUGCUCCAGUCCUUCGCUGGAGGACUUCCUGCUGCAGACUCUGACCAGUGAGCCAGGCAGCGCCAGACUCGUCCACCCUGACGUGCUGCUGUACUGCCUCCAGCGUCCACUCAGAGGCGCUGUGACCAUCACCUCCGUGCUGCUGCAGAACUGUUCCACUCACCGUCUGGUCUUUGAAUCCUGGUGUUUGGAUACUUCAAACUUGGAGAAGCUCAGAGAACAGAUGGAUUCUUUCCUUCCAGUGCUCAGUGCUUACCUGCAGGUGGCAGCAGUGGACGAUCCAGCCAGACCCAUAGAAGUGCAAGCAGAAGUGUUGAAGGCCCUGAAGCGAGUCCUGCUUCCUCAGAUGACCCAGAUCGUACUGCACGACCUGAAGGAAGAGUCGGGAUCACAGGUUGUCGAAACACUUUCAAGUCUUAUCAAGCUCUCAGCAAACAUCACAGACUUUGCAGACCUGGUCCAGAAGCUUCCCGAGGCGCUGCAGAAGGUGGACUCAUUCGAAAGAUGGAAGCUUGAAGAUGUGGUCACUGAGAUGCUGCCUGAUCAAGAGAAAGAGUCAUGGAGAAAACGGGUGGCAGCUGCCGCCGUCAAGUGUCUCACCGCCUCUUACAGUCACACGAAGGAUCAGAGUGUCGCUGCAGUGACAGACGAACACAAUGUGCUGGGAAGACUCCAGAAACACUUGACAUCAGCUGGUGACAUUGCUGCGGCUGAAUGGAACAGCUUUGUGAAGAAUGGACUCAAAUAUCGCUUCCGGGAUGCUCACUUCCUGGAGACGCUUAGAAAUCUUCUCGCGGUCGUCUAUGGCGACGCAGAAGUCCUGAAAGACUUGUUCCCUCCAUCUACCCUGCACAUGAUGAUCAGCAGCCAUUCUUUGUUCCUGUCGGCCAUGUUGGAGGAAGAGUCCAGCCUGGGUCCAGCCAAAGAAAUGUUGGUGUCACUUCUGCUUUGGCUGGUGAAGAAGUGUCCGUCAGUCUGUAAUGUCAACCACUUUGUUGUACUCCUGGGAGCGUAUGGAGCAACUCUGAGCAUCACUGAUCAGACAAUAUUGCAAAUCCUGCGGGAAUAUGAAAAGAACGACGUCAGUCUCCUGAAGUUUCAGUCCAUCUUGUGGGGCCCGGCAGCGUUGGAGCACCACAAAACUAGGAAGAGUCUGGGAGCUUCUCUGUGGAAGCAGACGAGCGCCGACGACCUGCUGGCUCUUCUCAACACUGACAAGAUGCUGAAAACAAUCGCACACUUCCCACAGCAGCGCAGGAUCCUCCCACAGGAUGACAAAGAGACAAUUUACAGAAGAACUGAUGAUCUCAGCAGUAUUUACGACCCCUGCUUCCUCUUACCGCUCUUCAGCAACAUACUGAGUCCAGAGUCGGUGAUCGACUGCCGGAAGUUUGUGUCCACCCACGCCCUCAGUGUGACCGUCAUGGCUCUGAGCAGCUACGACCACAAGGUGAGGGCAGCGGCCUAUCACGUGCUGACCUGCUUCUACCAGCACCUGGAGGGGGCUCGCUUCAGAGAGAAGGCUCAGUUGCUGUACUUCAUGGAGGCGGUGAAGAACGGAGUUUGGCAGCAGAAUCAAAGUCUCUCCUUCGUUGUGACGACGUACAUCAGCAAAGUGGCUCAGCAGAUGCUCAGACCAGAGGACCACAUGUAUGUGGUGCUGAACCGGCUGCUGCUGUCCUAUCAGGGCCUGGACUUCAGGAGAGUUCCCGAGUUCUUCAAGCUCUUCUUCGGCUUCGACCUGGAGCACAAGGUGGAACGCGAGUGGAUCCUGAGCGUGCUGGAGGAGGGAGUCAAGGACGGUCAGUGCUACGAUUUAUGCAACCGGCAGGGAAUCUUCCAGAGCCUGUUGGCGUUCAGCAGCAGCCCGCUGUGUGACGAGCCGUCCCAGUCUCAGAUCUUUCGGGUGUUGUGUCAGCUGGCUCGCGUCAACAAAGCGGCGUAUGACCUCAUCAAGAGUGGCGGCCUCCUCGCCUGGAUCAUGCAGCUGCUCGCCAAAAGGAGUCCGGGCCAGCAGCUGCUGGGGUCCAUCGUGGAUCUGACCCACGUCCUGUGGUUCACCGUCCUGGGGAAGAAGGAGACGCAGGUGGACGCGGACGAGAAGGUCAAAUGUCUGCGGCUGCCGGUCAUCAACGAAGUCCUGUGUCUGCUUUUAGCUCUGAGUCGGCACCUCAGGUCGGGACUGAAGGCCGCUCUGCUCAGCUCCUUCCUGCAGACUCUCUCCUCCGUUCUGAAACACAGAGAGACGGCGUUCAGUGUAAACAAGCAGUCCAACUGGCUGACCCUGCGACCUCGCACUCUCUCCUGCCCCGAGGUGCUGACCCUACUCCACUGCUGGGCCUCCCUGACCCACAACAGCCCUCUACUUGCCCAGACACAAGCCUUGUUUGACAAACACAAGCUGACGGAGUUUCUAGGGAUGGAGAAGAAGAAGGUGCGAGGGAAAGGAUCUUCUCACAAGAAAGAAGAAGAGGACAGUGAGAUGGAGAAACAAGAGGAGCUUCAGUUAAUGGAGUGUAGAUUUGCCCUCAGUAGUGUCUUCCAGCACUGGGAGCCGGCGCUCACCGAACUUUCAUCCCCCCCAAGAGUGGAAAUCGAUCAGACGUCUGUGGACACGGCUCACCUGCUGACCAAGUGGUCCCUCAGGUGUCUCGUGGAAGCGCCGUACGAUGAGAAACGAGCGAGAACCUUCCUGAACUGGGCGCAGAAAUUUGUGAUUAAACACAAGGCUAUCGCCGACCGGUUGAUGCAGGACUCGGCUCUGAAGGCGGAUCUGCUCCGGCUGCACCACCAGGCCUUCGAGUUUGGGUGUUACUCCAGCUGCUCGGCGAAAAGAGAAACCUGCCAGUUGUUCACCAAAAUGAUGACGCACCUGCUGGAGAGUCGAGAUCAACUUCCCAGGAUCCACCGGGCCAUCGUCUCCGCGUGCCUGCCGGCCAUCACCCGGGACCAGGCCGAGUGUGACGCUGCCGUUUCACUGUUGGCUCUAUACAUCCAUGAGGUUUGGAGCGGCGCUGAGUCAGCAGAGCUCUUCUUGUCCCACAUCAAGUUGGUCACAUGCAUCAAGUGUCCGAAAGUCAAGAAGUCAGCGGCUGAAAACUCCCUCAAAUCCAUCUGCAAGAAGAUUCUCACCGCCAAGAGCUGAACGACAACCAGGGACAUGAUGAAUCUGUAUAUCUGUUUUUACACAAUAUAAAACUGUUUUGAGUACAUGAAGUAUUUUUUUAUAUAUAAGCUUUCAGUUCUUUUCGUCUGGCUCAAGCUGUCAGUGCUCUCAUUCUUCUUGUUCUUUUGGUUUGUGGUCUGUAACACCUGCAAACACAAGGUUUAAAACAUGUAUAAUAAUGAAAGUAUGUAGUAAAUGCAAAUUAUUCAUUAUUUAAUUUAGCACUUAAUAAAAUAUUAAAAGGUGGAUUUCACACAAAAGUACCAAUAAUGUUAGAAAGAAAUAUACUUUCCUCAACUGCAAUAGACUGCAAUAGAUGUUGCAAUGUGAUUUUAAAAUAACUCUGAAAGUGAGACUCACCGUUGGAUGUUUCCACUCACUGACAUCAGAUUCAAACUGAUGAAGAGGAAUCCCACAAAUGCAGCCAGAACAACCCAGAAUACGAUGACCACUGAAUCUGAGACAGUGUGUGAAAGUUAUACGCCACACUAAAGUAAUAAAAAGUCUUACAUUUAUAGUACUGCAGCUUGCUUUCGUCCACCAUCACCGGAUCCACGUAUCCAUAAUAGUACUCCCAUUCAUAGGAGAAAUUACCAGUCGAGUUCUGAAUAACCAUUCUGUCAAUAAGUGCUCUGAAAAAGGAGGUUCUCAACUCUGCUUUGGAUGUAUCGAACAAGCCGUGCUGAAGAGGGAGGAAAUUUAAAGUGGGCUGUGCCACAAAUGGAAAUAGUGGACAAGGUUGCUUUUCAAGGUCAAGGCUCGAUCAACACGAAUAUUUAUUUACCUUGCACAAGUUAGGAUAUCUAAUCUAAUUUGAAACAGAUAGUCUCAGGUAGUAAUUGUAUGUUGAAUUAAUAUUCAUUUUUAAUUU